AUGCCGUCAGAGGUCGAUAGCAAGGCUGCUACGCCGGCAACGAAGAUGCCCGGUGCCAAGGAGGCGGCGGCACAGCAGGAUGCAGAUGGUGGCGAAACCGGCUACCGGGAGUACGCGGUGUUGGACCUGCACUUGAACCAGUUCCUAUCAUUCAUUGCGGAAGACUACUCGUUUCUGCCCUGCGCUAUUUACAAGCCCCGCAUCGACGUGUACCUGGAUGGCAAGCUCAUGUACAAGAGCCGAGUGCUGGCCCAUGAGGACGACAUCUUCGGCAACGUGAUCCGGCUGCGCGUGUAUUCGCCCAACUCGCUGCUGACGUUGAAGCUGUACGAGUGCGUGCAGCUGCGGCUGACCGAGAAGUCCGUGGACGAGCUCAUCCGGCCGAUGCUGAGGAACGAGCCCACGGACGAGGUGCUGAUAUCCUGGUGCAACAUCGAGCUGAGCUUGCUGGUGCCCGCGCAGCGUUACGACAUGGUGUGCGCAUUCCGUGUUAACCCCAUGUUUGUUCAUUACAACCCCGGAGGAAUAUUGUACUAUCCCACAGUUAACGGCAAGCCGUUCAUCGAGAACAAGCGCGUUUGCUGCGCCUGUCGCGUCUGCGUCUUCCUCGCCUCAAACACGCUGACGGUGCACGAGAAGGUCCUCAACAAGUACUUCGACUUCCGCUGCGACCCGCAUGAGGCGCCACUCCCGUGGCCGGCAAACUCGAAGGACCAAGGCGCUGCCAGCAUGUCGGACAGCGAUGGCGGCAAAGGCGGCACGAAUUACGCGCGACCGGUAGGGCGUAAGGAACUGGAUCCUGAUAAGAAAUAUAAAAACGAAUCCGAGACUGUGGUCAAGAUGAUGAGGGAAAAGAACUAUACUAAAGAGAAGCCAGUCUACGAUAUUCACCAAGAGGACAGCAAGUUGGAGACUUUCGAGAUGAACGUGAAGAAGAUUUUCUUCACCCAGGAAAACUGUACGUGCUGCCGGCUCGUUGACGUGCCCAAGCAGCUGCGUGGCAUCAACUACAGCCCCUGCCCCUGCUGCCACGACUACCAGGUUUGCUGCGAGCACUCGCUGGAGACCUACUAUUACACGUCAAUAUCGCUCAAGUUGGUGUCCAAGACGCCCAUAGAUUUCAAGACGGAGUUGAUGGCCCUGAUGAACGUCCCGCCGGGGAGGUCCAAAGAUACCCACGAACGCAACGAUUCGUUGUGCUCAAUCGUGACGCGUGUGUUCGAGCUCCGGGCUCAGCUAACGAUGCUGAACUGUCACCUCGGUUUCUCCUCGGGUAGAGAAGCGCAUCAGCAGUACUUCUACGUCUUCGUUGCUAUCAUAAUGCUGGGUUUCAUUUUGGACGGGAAGACACUCACGGUGUCGUGCUUCCUGCUCGGGUUCAUCACCAUGUACCUGCACAACACGUCGUUGAAGCAGUACCAGCACGACUUCGGCGACGUUAUCGAGGCCAGUCGCCGGCUGACACAAAGCGGUGAAGGCCUUGAGAAGACCAUCCGCGAGAUGGUCGAGGAGGAGGAGCCGGUCUCCGCCGUCGAGCCUGAAGACAGGCACCAGCGCAACAUGAAGUGCGUCUCAAAGCAUGAUUUUAUUGAUGACGUAAAGUUGUUUUCGAAGUUGAACACGUCGCUCAACCGAAAGGAGAACAUCUCUAUCAAGACUAUGGCGCUGCUGCUCAGUUCGAGCAUCCCGAAGAGUCUACGCAGCACCCUGGUUACGACGGUGGAGUAUUGCGAGUCGUUCGUGUGGUGUGUGAACGCGGUUCUGGCUGCGAUCCGCCGUUUUGGCCCGCAUCUCUGCUGCUUCUUCUGCAGCAUGGGCUUCCUGAGCCUGCGCUACGCGUUCUGGAUGAAGUGCUGCAUCAAGGCGGUGCUCAUCCUCUGCUGCACUUCCGCGUUGGUGGAGGAGCACUCGGUCGUCCGGCGCCGCUUCUCGCAGCUGCGGCAAGUGGCGAAGUACCUGGCGAUGCGCAUAUACAGGAACGAGUGGUUCCUCAACGCUAACUCUUUCCCUUAA